CAUGUGUACGUGUUGACCCAUGACGUUUUGACAUAUGUAACUUGUGUUCAAAAUUCACCAAAUAUAAAAAAAUAUUGUCAACAAUAAUAAACAAAUAAUAAAAAUCACAUGUAUAAUGUGAUAAAGUUGAUGAAAAUUUACAAAUAAAAAUAAGCAAAAUGACGAAAAAUGUUUGUCCAGGAGGUGGUCUCUACGUCGUUGAGGGUGAGGUCAGCCUCCUGAUGACGGCAAUGCGACGUGGAGUACGUUGGUCAUCUCACUCACAUCAGGAUGAGGAUCAAGAUGUAUUGAUGAAAAGUUUGUCAACAUUAAAAGAAGCAUUAAGUGAUGCUAAAACAUUAUCACAACUUGAGCCAGGUGUUAUUCUUGCUCCAUUUUUGGAAAUAAUUAGAUCUGAAGAAACAACUGGACCAGUUACAAGUCUUGCACUUGCUGCAGUUUAUAAAAUGAUUUGUUAUGGACUUAUUGAUCAUGAACAUCCAACAAUUGGUUCUUGUGUUGAGGCAGUAGCUGAUGCAGUAACACAUGCUAGAUUUGUUGGUACUGAUACAUCAAGUGAUGGUGUUGUUUUAAUGAGAGUACUACAAGUAUUACGUGCACUUGUAUUAUCACAACCUGGUGAUAAUUUAUCUGAUGAAAGUAUUUGUGAAAUAAUGCUUAGUUGUUUUAGAAUAUGUUUUGAAACACGUCUUAGUGAAUUAUUACGACGUACUGCUGAAAAUUGUUUACGUGAUAUGGUACAAUAUUUAUUUUUACGUUUACCACAAUUUGUUGAUGACACACGUGUACUACCAAAUAUGAAAAAAAUGCGUACAAAUGGUAUUGAUAAUACAACAAGAACUAAAAAUCGUAAAAUUAAAAAUCAAACAACUAAAAUUAAAACAAAACAAAGCAAUGAUGAUAAUGAUGAACGUGAAGAAGCACGUGAAUUAUUGAGUCCAGUUGAUAGAGUUAAAAAAAAUCAUUUAGCAACAACACCAAUAACACCUGCUGGUAAUAUUGUUGAUAUGCAAGGUUCAUUGGAUCAAGGAACACCAGAAAAACCAGAUAUUGAUACGACAAAUAAAAAUGAUGAAAAUGAUUUUGAUAAAAAUUCAACGACAAUUGAAGAUCCAACAAUGAGCAAAACCGUAAAUGAAAAUUCUGUAAAUUUAGAACAAGUAUGUAAUGAUGAAAAUAAUGUAAAUCAAUUAGAUAAUCAAUCAACACAGCUAUUAGCAGAAGGUGAAAAAAGUCCUGAUUUAAUUCAAUCACCAAUUGGUAGUGUUGAAGAUUUAUCAAUUGAUGAAAAUACAAAUAAUGAUAGUAAUAAAAAUUUACCAAAAAUAACAAUUGAUAAUGAAAAUAUUGAAGAAUAUAUUAAUCAACAAGGUGUAAGAUUUACACCACUACAACAAUUAACACCAUAUGGUUCAGUUUGUAUACGUGAAUUAUUUCGUUUUUUAGUAUCACUUUGUUGUCCACUUGAUAAACAAAAUACUGAAAUAAUGACACAUUUAGGCUUGAAUUUACUACAAGUUGCUCUUGAAAUAUCAGCAGAUGCAAUAUCAAAUUUUCCAUCAUUAUUAAUGCUUGUUAAAGAUGAAUUAAGUCGUAAUAUAAUAUUAUUAUUAAAUACAGAACGUUUAUCAAUACUUGCUAGUAAUUUUCAAGUAUCAUAUUUAUUAUUUGAAUCACAAAGAGAACAUUUAAAAUUUCAAAUGGAACAAUUUAUAAUUAAGCUAAUGGAAAUAAUUGAUAGUGAAUCAAGAAUAACAUAUGAACAACGUGAAUUAUCACUAGAAGCAAUAACAAGAUUAUGGCGUAUACCUGGUUUACCAGCUGAAUUAUAUUUAAAUUAUGAUUGUGGUCUUUAUUCAACAAAUUUAUAUGAUGAACUUAUUAAAUUAUUAUCAAAAACAUCAUCAGCAUUAAUGGGUACAAUGUAUAGUUUACAAUUUAUAUCACUUGAUGCAAUAAUAUUAUUAAUAAAUGGUAUUGAAGCACGUUGUAAAGGUUUACAUAAAUUAUGUAAACAAUCACGUCAUUCAACAUCAUCAAUAUUACCAAGUCGUGAUGAAUUAAUAAAUAUUAAAACUAAAAAACGUUUAUUAGCACUUGGUACUGAAAAAUUUAAUGAUAAUCCACGUGAAGGUAUUACAAAGUUAGCUAAAGAUGGUUUAUUUGGUGAUACUGAUGAAUUAGAUCCAAAAAAAAUUGCAAUAUUAUUAAAAGAAAAUCCAAUGUUUGAUAAAAAAUCAAUUGGUGAAUAUAUUAGUCGUCGUGAAAAUACAGUAAUAUUAGAUUGUUUUGUACAAAAUUUUGAUUUACGUAAUAUGAGAGUUGAUCAAGCAUUAAGACCAUUUUUAGAAGCAUUUAGAUUACCAGGUGAAUCACCAUUAAUAUCAUUAGUUAUGGAAAAAUUUGCAGCACAUUGGUAUGAUAGUAAUGGUGCACCAUUUGCAUCAAAAGAUGAUGCAUUUUUAUUAGCAUAUGGUAUUAUUAUGUUAAAUGUUGAUCAACAUAAUAAUAAUGUUAAACGUGCAUUAAAUCCAAUGACAUUUGAACAAUUUAAACGUAAUCUUGAUGGUGGUAAUGGUGGACAAAAUUUUGAUGAAUUUAUGCUUGAAGAUAUUUAUAAUGCAAUUAAAAAUGAAGAAAUUGUUAUGCCAGCAGAACAUACAGGUUUAUUAAAAGAAAAUUAUUUAUGGAAAGUUUUAUUAAAACGUGGAACAAGUAAUGAAAGUAUAUAUUUAAAAGUUGGUAAUAAUGGUGAAGCUAUUGAUAAAGAUAUUGCUGAAAUAUCAUGGGCACCAAUAAUAUCAGCACUAUGUCAUGCAUAUGAUAAAUCACCAGAUAGAAAUCUUCAACGACGUAUUGCACAAACAUUUUUAAGUUGUGCAACAAUAUGUGCACAUUAUAAUAUGAAUAGUGAUUUAGAUACAUUAAUUGUUGCAUUAUGUAAAUUUACUGGUCUUGCUAAUGCACUUGGUGAACCUGAUACAAUUGUAUUACAUUAUGGUGGUAGUGGUAGAUGUCAAUUAGCAACACGUACAUUAUUUAAAAUAACUCAUCAACAUGGUAAUUGUAUGAGAUCAUCAUGGAAAAAUAUUAUUGAUUGUUUACAAACAUUAUAUAAAUCAAGAUUAUUACCAAAAUGUUUAACAGAUGGUGAUGAUUUUAUUGAUCAAACAGGUAAAAUAUCACUAAUACGUGAAGCAACAAUACAAAAACAACCACCACAAGAACAAAGUAUAUUAUCAAGUUUAUAUUCAUAUAUUGCAUUAGAUUCAACACGAGUACCACAUGCUAAUGAAGCAACAAUUAAAAAACGUGCUAUUGAUUCAAUUGAAAAUUGUUCAAUAAAACAAAUUAUAAAUGAAAGUAAAUUUCUUGAAAUAUCAUCAUUACGUUCAUUAAUAAAUGCAUUAGUAUCAGUUAAUUUACAAGAUGAAGAUUUAUCAGUUUUUAUAUUAGAAUUAUUAAUUCAAGUUACAAUUGAAAAUCGUGAUAGAGUUAAUACAAUAUGGACAAUUGUAUUAACACAUAUUGAUAAUUUAUUAACAAUAUCAAUACGUGAAAAUCAACAAUAUUUACUUGAACGUGUUGCUGUUGGUAUGUUAAGAUUAGCAAUACGUUUAUUAAGAAGUGAAGAAUUUUCAAAAAUAAUAUUACCACCAUUAAUACCAUUAACAUAUAUACCAUCAGCAACACAUACACCAUUAUCACGACAAAUAUCAUAUGGUUUAUUUGAAUUAAUAAAAACAGGUGCAGCAAAUAUACAUACAACUGAAGAUUGGCGUGUUAUAUUUAAUUUAUUAGAAUGUUCUGGUGCUGGUGCUGUAACACCAAAAAUUAAUACAAAUUCUGUAUUAGAAGAAGGUAGUACAAGAACAUAUGUAUUAGAUCAACGACCAAUAUCACCAAUACCAGAAUGGGUGUUAGUAUCACCAACUGGUACUGAAGCACCAUUACCAGUAACUGCUGAUACAAUUGUACUUGAUCGUGAUUUAUUAUCACAUGAUCCAGCAGCACUUGUUAAAUGUUGUGAAAGUUUAAAUUUUCUUGUACGUGAUGUUGCACAUAUAACACCAUUUAAUUUUGAAUUAUGUGUUAGAUGUAUUAGAACAUUUGUUGAAGCUGCAUUACAAGUACCAGGUAAACGUAAUAAAAUAACACAAGCAGCAAUGGAAACAACUGGUUAUCAAGAUAUUCCAUUACAAUUAUUAUAUUUAAUGCAUGCAUUGCAUUCAGGUACAGAAAAAAUAUUUAAAUGGUGGGCACAAGAAAAUGGAACAACUGAAGGUUUAUCAUUAUGGCCACAUGCAUGGAGACCAUUAUUACAAGGUAUGGCAAGAUUAUGUUGUGAUUCAAGAAGAUCAGUACGUGCUGCUGCAAUAACAUGUCUUCAAGGUGAAUUAUUAGCUCAUGAUUUAACUCAGUUAACACCAAUUGAAUGGUCACAAUGUUUAGAACAAGUUAUAUUUCCAUUACUUGCACAAUUAUUAGGACCAAUAUCAAUAAUUGAUCCAGUUGGUGUUGAAGAAACAAGAAUAAGAGCUGCACAAUUAUUAUCAAAAGUCUUCCUUUAUCAUUUACCACCAUUAUUAACAUUGCCAGGUUUUUUACCACUUUGGUUAACUGUAUUGGAUCUUUUAAAAUCAUAUAUGCAUGCUGAUAAUUCAGAAUUGCUAUAUGAAGCAAUUCCUGAAUCAUUAAAAAAUAUGUUACUUGUUAUGGCAUCUGGUGAAGCAAAAUUAACACCAUCUUCAUAUCUUUGGGAGCCAACUUGGCGAACAAUUAAUUCAUUUUUACCAAAUUUAAAAAAUGAAUUGUCAAUUAUUGAUCAACCAACAAAAGAAGAAGAAGAAAUACAGCAACAAAAACAACAACAGCAGCAGCAACAAUUACAACAACAACAGCAGCAGCAGCAGCAACAACUACAACAACAACUACAACAACAACAGCAACAACUACAACAACAACAGCAGCAACAACAAAAAUCACCAUCAUCAGAUUCAUUGUCACUGAUAAAUCUAGUCGAACAAGAACAACCAACAUUUUCAGGCUCAUCAAUUGCACCACAGCCUGAUAUUAUUUCAGAUAUUUCAUCUGAUAAUGAUUAUAAAAUUUCCAACAAAAAUAAUUCUCACAUGACUAAUGAAGAUACAAUGGACACAACCAUGUUCAAUUCAGCAGCAUAUUUCAGCGAGGAUCCAGCAGCUGAUCGAUUAUUUAUUGUUACUAAUCCUUGACAACUGUACAUUGUAUAUUAUUAUAAUUAUUUUGGAGUUUUAAUGACGAUAAAAAAUUAAUAUAAUUUAUAUUAAAUUUUAAACUACAUUUUCAAGGUUAAUUGAGUAAUUUAAAGUUUUGAAAUUUUUGCUUGUAUAUUUAGCUCAUAAAUUAUAUAUUAUAAAUAAAUAUAAAAAUAUAAAUAUUAUAUAGUAUGCAAGUUAA